UGCCCCCCCAGCUGUAAGCACCGGGCCUGUACCAAGGACAACCAGUGUUGCCAUGAGUCAUGUCUGGGAGGCUGCUCUGAGCCCCAGAACAGCAGCAGUUGUGUAGCCUGCAAGAACCUCCAGUACCAGGUACAGUAUGGAGAGGUUCAACAGACGUUUCUCACAAUUGAUUAGUUGAUAGUUGUUGUUUUUUUUUGGUUGAUGUGGAUGCUUCUAUAUACAACCAUAGGGCGGUGCAUAAUUGGCCCAGCGUCGUCCGGGUUUGGCCGGUGUAGGCCGUCAUUGUAAAUAAGAAUUUGUUCUUAACUGACUUGCCUAGUUAAAUAAAGGUUAAAUAAAUAAAAAACGCAAAGAGAAAUACAUUUUAACAAGUUUUUAUUCUUCAAGAAUUCAAUUUCUUGAUGGGUGCUAGAGAUGAUUAAUCGAUGAAUCGAAGUUAGUAUUUUUUAAAAUAUAAAAUAGAUUUAUAGUAAGAUGUGUGCGUGCAUACUAGACACAAGCUUACUUAUCUAUUGCUGGGGGGGGAAAGCUGAAUCAAAACAGAAUUGUGUUUAUUUAAACUCAAAUGUCUGUCCAGCAAUGGAAAAUAUCACUUAAAAUUGUUAUAUUACCAAAUAUUUGAAUUGAUAUGGAUGUUCUCCAUCAACUAAACAAUUCAUCCACCUAAUCCCUAUUCCCUUAUACCAGGAGGCCUGUGUGGACCGCUGUCCCCAGGGAUACUACACCUAUAGGGGCUGGCGCUGCGUCCCCUUCUCCUUCUGCCAGGACCUCCACAACAAGUGUAAGCAGAGCAAGAGCAGCGACUGCCAUGAGUAUGUCAUCCACAAUGGAGCCUGUAUACCUGAGUGCCCCUCCGGAUAUACUACUGUCAACUCCACCACGUAAGUCUACUUACUGAUUAUUCAACUCUUUACACCAUGGUCAACUCCACUACGUAAGUCUAUAAUACAGUACUAUACACCACCAUCAACUCCAGCACGUAAGCCUAAGCACUACGUUUGUAAGUCUACCUGUUUACUGUAUCUAUAGUCAACUCCACUAUAUAUAUGUCAAAAUACUAUACACAUUGUACACGUACAAUGCUGUAUUAAUUAUUUUGUCAACUCAACAAUGAAGGGUAAGUCUACUCUAUACACCACUUAAAGUCUUCACUACCUUAGUCUUAUUACUGUGUUAAUACUAAAGUGAACACCAUAACGUUUGCAUUUGCACAAGAUGGGGUAUGGGAAAGGAACUUGUACAUCUGCAGUCAUCUCAAUAUGCACAUAUCUGCAGUCAUCUCAAUAGGUACAUAUACAGUCGUCGCAGUGUGGUUUCAGAGGGUGUUGUGCCAGUUAGAACACAACGCUGCAAAAGCUCUCUGCAUCCCGUCCUGCUACUGUCUGCUGUGCAGUACAGCAUGACAAUGCAGUACUGCAAGGCUCCCGCGUUGUACUCCGACUGUGUGUGCGUGCGUGUGACUCUACAGCGUGAGUGUGGAGGCGUUGGUUGGCACAGUGUGUUCUCUAUGCAGACAGUUCAGCUAGUUCAGGUCAGAGCAGCUAGCAAAUCAGGCAGGCAGGGAAAACAGGGCAGUAGUGUGUGUGCAGUGUUUUGUGUUGGCCUACAGUCUAAAUUCCUCAUAGCAUUUCAUUUCUGUUUGCGAUUGUUGUCACCACUCCAUAGCUGAGUAGCUGAGCCAGUCUGAACUUCGCCAGCUGAGACAGUCUGUCAUUCAGGGCUAGGCUACAGUGCUCAUUGAUUUGCCAAUAACAAUGUUUAAGGUUGUGUGUGUGUGUGCUUGUGUGCGUUCUAAUCCUGGCUCGCCACUAGAGAGAAGGAGCUGGGUGUGUGUGUCACACUGACCUUCAUCUACUCCCUCGUGUGUGUGUGUGUUAGACUCCAGACACACUAAUCAUUAGUUGGACAGAGAUGGGUCUGGCCUCUUCGUGCCUUUUGUUACAGCGUGGCUUGCUGGGUGAAAGCUGGGUAGGGGCUGGUUGGGUGAAGACUGGGUAGGAGCUGGUUGUGUGGUUGGGUAGCGGCAGGCUGGAGGGUGGGCCAGGGUUGCUGGCUGGAGUCUGAUGGUCGCACAGGUUAUGGCUUGCAUUUCAACACCCUACCCGCCACCCAUUGUCCUCUCCUCAAAUCUCUCAUUCGGCUCUCUAUUUCUCCUCUCUCUCUCCUCUCACAUCUUUUUCCUACUCUCUCUCUCUCUCCCCUAUCCCCGCUCUUUUCCCCUCUCUCUCUCUCUCUCUCUCUCUCUCUCAUUCUCCCUCUCUCCCGCUAUACAUAAUAAGUUCUGUUGUAAGUCAUCACACCUGCCUAUCAUUAUUGAAUGUGUUCCAACUGGCACCCUUUUCCUUAUUUAGUGUACUACUUUUUACCAGGGCCCAUAGGGACUAUAGUGCACUAUAUAGGGAAUAGAGUGCCGUUUGAGAUACAGCCAUUCUUGUCCAACCUCAGUAGUUACUGGGGUCAUUCGCUGGUGCUACAACAGUGUUGCUCUAUCCGACACCACAUACCGCCACUCCUCACGUACUAGUUUGAGCAAAUCAUACAUGGACACGAGUUGCCAUGAAAAUAUGCUACUAUAGCUGCAGAAACUAGGGCUGACCCCAUUUAAUCGACUGAACGAUUGUUUGGUCGAUAUGCUGUUGGUCGAACAAUAUAUUUUUAAUCGAGCAGUAACAAAUAUGUAUGUUUUUUAUGGCACACAAGACACCUGGCUGAUUUGCGCCUGUCUCAGUGGGCUAAUCCAUUACAUAAGUAUUCAGACCCUUUGCUAUGAGGAGGGCCUACAGCUCAGUUGGUAGAGCAUGGCGCUUGCAAUGCCAAGGUUGUGGGUUCGUUUCCCAUGGGGGGCCAGUAUGAACAAAUGUAUGCACUCACUAAACUGUAAGUCACUCUGGAUAAGAGCUUCUGCUAAAUGACUAAAAUGAGAGAGAGAGAGAGAGAGAGAGAGAGCCCAAUGCUCCAUCCUGCGACCUAAGAAGUUAGUAUCAGAUGCUCAACAUGCUCUGCUCACUCCUACUGUAAUGGUCCAGCCCUAAACCACACGAAAACAACACUAGACACUAUAGAACACAAAGCUUUUACUAUGUCAUCCUGGAAUAUACAAGGUCUGAGGUAAUCUGCCUUUGGCCUAAAAAGCAGGAACCCAGACCUCAUCAAAUAAAUUGGAAAUACAGACAUUGUCAUCCUACAACAAACAUGGUAUAGAGGAGCAGGACCCACUGAUUGCCCUCUACGUUACAGAGAGCUGGUAGUCCCAUCCACCAAACUACCAGGUGUGAAACAGGGAAGAGACUCAGGGGGUAUGCUAAUUUGGUAUAGGGCAGACCAAACCCACUCUAUUAAAUUAGUCAAAACAGGAACAUUUUACAUCUGGCUAGAAAUUAAUAAGGAAAGAUCUGAACUGAGAAGAAUGUCCUCGUGUGCUACCUAUAUCCCCCCAAUAGAAUCCCCAUACUUUAACGAUGACAGUUUCUCCAGAGGGGGUGUUCAACCAUUUCCAGGCCCAGGGACAUGUACUAGUCUGUGGCGACCUAAAUGCCAGAACUGGACAGGAACCUGACACUCUCAGUGCACAGGGGGACGAACACCUACCUGGAGGUGACAGUGUUCCCUCCCAAAUAUGCCCCCCUAGACACAACUAUGACAAAACAACCAACAAAAAUGGGUCACAACUCCUGCAGCUCUGUCGCACGCUGGUUCUUUACAUAGUCAAUGGUAAGCUUCGAGGAGACUCCUAUGGUAGGUAGACCUACAGCUCAUCCCUUACUUUAUUACUGACCUCAACCCAGAGUCUCUCAGAGUGUUCAGUCAGCCCACUAUCAGUUCACAGCAAAAUCACAGUCUACCUAAACAGAGUAAUACUCAUCAAAGCCAAAGGAACUGCACAAUAUUAAGAAAUGCUAUAGAUGGAAGGAAAGUAGUGUAGAAACCUACCAAAGAACAAUUAGGCAACAACAAAUUCAAUCCCUUUUAGACAACUUCCUGGACAAAACCUUUCACUAUAAUAGUGAAAGUGUAAACAUGGCAGUAGAAAGCCUAAACAGUAUAUUUGACCUUUCAGUUUCCCUAUCAAAUCUAAAAAUGUCAAGCAGACAACCAAAGAAAAUUAACAACAAUGACAAAUGGUUUGAUGCAAAAACCUAAGAAUGAAAUUGAGAAACAUAUCCAACCAAAAACAUAGAGACCCAGAAAACCUGAGUCUAAGCCUUCACUAUGGUGAAUCACUAAAACAAUACAGAAAUACACUACAGUAAUUGAAUAAUCCAUAGAAUCUAACCACUUCCGGGAAAAUUGGAACACACUAAACAAACAACAACACGAAGAGUUGCCUAUCCAAAACGGAGAUGUGUGGAUAAACCACUUCUCCAAUCUUUUUGGCUCUAUAACAAAGAACAAAGAGCAAAAACAUAUAAAUUAUCAAUUACAAAUCUUAGAAUCAGCUAUUAAAGACUACCAGAACCCACUGGAUUCUCCAAUUACAUUGAAUGAACUACAGGACAAAAUACAAACCCUCCAACCGAAAAAGACCAGUGGUGUUGAUGGUAUCGUACAUGAAAUGAUCAAAUAUACAGACCACACAUUCCAAUUGGCUAUACUUAAACUCUUUAACAUCAUCCUCAGCUCUGGCAUCUUCCCUAAUAUUUGGAACCAAGGACUGAUAACCCCAAUCCACAAAAGUGGAGACAAAUUUGACCCCAAUAACUACCGUGGGAUAUGCGUCAACAGCAACCUUGGGAAAAUCCUCUGCAUUAUCAUUAACAGCAGCUUUGUACAUUUCCUCAGUGAAAACAAUGUACUGAGCAAAUGUCAAAUUGGCUUUUUACCAAAUUACUGUAUUUACCCUGCACACCCUAAUUGACAAACUAACAAACCAAAACAAAGGCAAAGUCUUCUCAUGCUUUGUUGACUUCAAAAAAGCAUUUGACUCAAUUUGGCAUGAGGGUCUGCUAUACAAAUUGAUGGAAAAUGGUAUUGGGGGGAAAACAUACAUCAUCAUAAAAUCCAUGUACACAAACAACAAGUGUGCGGUUAAAAUUGGCAAAAAACACACACAUUUCUGUCCACAGGGCUGUGGGGUGAGACAGGGAUGCAGCUUAAGCCCCACCCUCUUCAACAUAUAUAUCAAUGAAUUGGCAAGGGCACUACAACAGUCUGCAGCACCCAGCCUCACCCUACUAGAAUCUGAAGUCAAAUGUCUACUGUUUGCUGAUGUUCUGGUGCUUCUGUCCCCAACCAAGGAGGGCCUACAGCAGCACCUAGAUCUUCUGCACAGAUUCUGUCAGACCUGGGCCCUGACAGUAAGUCUCAGUAAGACAAAAAUAAUGGUGUUCCAAAAAAGGUCCGGUUGCCAGGGCCACGAAUACAAAUUCCAUCUAGACACCGUUGCCCUAGAGCACACACAAAACUAUACAUUCCUCGGCCUAAACAUCAGCGCCACAGUUAACUUCCACAAAGCUAUGAAUGUUCUGAGAGACAAGGCAAGAAGGGACUUCUAUGCAUCAAAAGGAACAUAAAAUUUGUAUGUACACACAGUGAGGGAAAAAAGUAUUUGAUCCCCUGGUGAUUUUGUACGUUUGCCCACUGACAAAGAAAUGAUCAGUCUAUAAUUUUAAUGGUAGGUUUAUUUGAACAGUGAGAGACAGAAUAAAAACAAAAAGAUCCAGAAAAACGCAUGUCAAAAAUGUUAAAUUUGCAUUUUAAUGAGGGAAAUAAGUAUUUGAUCAAUCAGAAAGAUUUCUGGCUCCCAGGUGUCUUUUAUACAGGUAACGAGCUGAGAUUAGGAGCACACUCUUAAAGGGAGUGCUCCUAAUCUCAGCUGUUACCUGUAUAAAAGACACCUGUCCACAGAAGCAAUCAAUCAAUCAGAUUCCAAACUCUCCACCAUGGCCAAGACCAAAGAGCUCUCCAAGGAUGUCAGGGACAAGAUUGUUGACCUACACAAGGCUGGAAUGGGCUACAAGACCAUCGCCAAGCAGCUUGGUGAGAAGGUGACAACAGUUGGUGCGAUUAUUCGCAAAUGGAAGAAACACAAAAUAACUGUAAAUCUCCCUCGGCCUGGGGCUCCAUGCAAGAUCUCACCUCGUGGAGUUGCAAUGAUCAUGAGAACGGUGAGGAAUCAGCCCAGAACUACACGGGAGGAUCUUGUCAAUGAUCUCAAGGCAGCUGGGACCAUACUCACCAAGAAAACAAUUGGUAACACACUACGCGGUGAAGGACUAAAAUCCUGCAGCGCCCGCAAGGUCCCCCUGCUCAAGAAAGCACUUAUACAUGCGUCUGAAGUUUGCCAGUGAACAUCUGAAUGAUUCAGAGGAGAACUGGGUGAAAGUGUUGUGGUCAGAUGAGACCAAAAUGGAGCACUUUGGCAUCAACUCAACUCGCCGUGUUUGGAGGAGGAGGAAUGCUGCCUAUGACCCCAAGAACACCAUCCCCACCGUCAAACAUGGAGGUGGAAACAUUAUGCUUUGGGAGUGUUUUUCUGCUAAGGGGACAGGACAACUUCACCGCAUCAAAGAGACGAUGGACGGGGCCAUGUACCGUCAAAUCUUGGGUGAGAACCUCCUUCCCUCAGCCAGGGCAUUGAAAAUGGGCCGUGGAUGGGUAUUCCAGCAUGACAAUGACCCAAAACACACGGCCAAGGCAACAAAGCAGUGGCUCAAGAAGAAGCACAUUCGAGUUGCCAAACGUCAGCCUCGAAACCUUAAUGACUUGGAGAAGAUCUGCAAAAAGGAGUGGUACAAAAUCCCUCCUGAGAAGUGUGCAAACCUGGUGGCCAACUGCAAGAAACGUCUGACCUCUGUGAUUGCCAUCAAGGGUUUUGCCACCAAGUACUAAGUCAUGUUUUACAGAGGGGUCAGAUACUUAUUUCCCUCAUUAAAAUACAAAACAAUUUAUAACAUUUUUGGAAUUUUUUGUUGUUAUUCUGUCUCUCACUGUUCAAAUAAACCUACCAUUAAAAUUAUAGACUGAUCGUGUCUUUGUCAGUGGGCAAACGUACAAAAUCAGCAGGGGAUCAAAUACUUUUUUCCCUCACUGUAUAUGGACGAGCGAUGUUAGAGCUGCAUGGACUAAGAUACAGUAGAAUAGUAUAGAAUACGGUAUAUACAUAUGAGAUGAGUGAUGCAGAUAUGUAAACAUUAUUAAAGUGACUAAGAUACCGUAGAAUAGUGUAGAAUACAGUAUAUACAGUGGCUUGCGAAAGUAUUCACCCCCCUAGGCAUUUUUCCUAUUUUGUUGCCUUACAACCUGGAAUUAAAAUUGAUUUGGGGGGGGGGUUGUAUCAUUUGACAAAAUAUUUCCUGAGCUAAUGAAGUAAAAAAUAAUACAUAAAAAAACAAAAUACCGCAAAGUUUCCUCAGAGCUCGUCGCGAGGCCGCCAUCUCCGUCGGCGCCAUCAGGUUAGGCCGAUACCCGCUAAUGAUCAAAAUCCAGAAAAGAGCUGUUCAAUUCUUCAAGCACCUAAAAGGAAGCGAUUCCCAAACCUUCCAUAACAAAGCCAUCACCUACAGCGAGAUGAACCUGGAGAAGAGUCCCGUAAGCAAGCUGGUCCUGGAGCUCUGUUCACAAACACAAACAGACCCCACAGAGCCCCAGGACAGCAACACAAUUAGACCCAACCAAAUCAUGAGAAAACAAUAUAAUUACUUGACACAUUGGAAUGAAUUAACAAAAAAAGACUGAGCAAACUAGAAUGCUAUUUGGCAUAAACAGAGAGUUACCUGACCACUGUGACUGACCAUCCAGGCUCUGUCGUAGCCGGCCGCGACCGGGAGACCCAUGGGGCGGCACACAAUUGGCCCAGCGUCGUCCAGGGUAGGGGAGGGAAUGGCUGGCAGGGAUGUAGCUCAGUUGGUAGAGCAUGGCGUUUGCAACGCCAGGGUUGUGGGUUCGAUUCCCACGGGGGGCCAGUAUGAAAAAAAUAAAAAAUAAAUAAUGUAUGCACUCACUAACUGUAAGUCGCUCUGGAUAAGAGCGUCUGCUAAAUGACUAAAAUGUAAAUGUAAAAUGUGACUGAACCAACAUUAAGGAAAGCUUUGACUAUGUACAGACUCAGUGAGCAUUGCUAUUGAGAAAGGUUGAGACCUGGCUCUCAAGAGAAGACAGCAAGAUUUGUUGCCACAAGAAAAGGACAACCAGUGAAGAACAAACAGCAUUGUAAAUACAAGCCACGUUUAUUUAUUUUCUGUUUUGUACUUUAACUAUUUGCACAUACUGUAUAUAGACACUUUUUUGUUUAUCCAUUUCACUUAGAGAGAGGGAGAGAGAGCCCACACACACUCUGGGAUAACAUAGUGAGUGUGGGUGCGGUUGUGUACUCACUACACCAGGUCAUUCUCUCACCUCUCAAACCAGUCACCAUAAAAACUACCUUGACACAUCGUCAUUUGUUUGGUUUGGCUCUGUGUUUGAAGGGCUCGAUCAGGGCGUCACACAUUUCAUACUUCUCUCUUAUGAAAGAUUGUACUUAACUCCAUUGUUAGGUUACAGAAUAGUUCUCUCAUCUUCUCUCCCUCUCUCUGGGAAGGUUGAGGGGUAAAUGAGGGCAUCGUAGCUCUUAUGAAAGGAUGUAUGCCUACUUCCUUCAAUUCAUUGUGAGGUGAGUAUAAGGUUAUAGAGUAGCUGUUGGGCAAACACUGCUCGUGUGUGCGUGCGUGUACCGCCGAGUGAGAGUCUGAUUAUGGUUCCCACCUCCUGUGAGUCGAACUCAGUGACUGUGUGAACUCUCUGACUGUCUGUGUUAGUGUGUCUACCCCAAGAGUGUGUAUUAUCUGACUUGUGUGGGUUUGAACCGUAUGACCCUAGGGCUGGGAAUUUGCCAGGGACCUCCCAGUACGAGGUUAUAAUAAUAAUAUAAUAUGCCAUUUAGCAGACGCUUUUAUCCAAAGCGACUUACAGUCAUGUGUGCAUACAUUUUUACAUAUGGGUGGUCCCGGGGAUCGAACCCACUACCCUGGCGUUACAAGGGCCAUGCUCUACCAAUUGAGCUACAGAGGACCACAUUAUCACGAUACUGUGCCGAUACGAUAUGUAUUACGGUUCUAUAUGUAUUGCGAUUCGGUGUUCCAAACAAAUUGCUCACCAUAUGUCUGCUGCAGAGGAACAAAAGAGAGCCAUGAGAAAUUGAGUUUUGGUACAGCCGAUUUAGCGCUAGCUAACGUUAACUACCUAGAAGAUACUUUGCCCCAUCCCUAUAUUAUCUGAUCUGUGUGUAUCAUCAGAUGUGUGUUUUCACUCUCCAUCUCCUCCUGCAGGUUAAUCUGUACUCCAUGUGCUGGGCUGUGUCCGAAGGUGUGUAUGGGCCAGAAGAUGGUGGACUCUGUGACAGCAGCACAGGCUCUGAAAGGAUGCACCGUGCUCAACGGCAGCAUGGAAAUCAACCUCAGAGGAGGAAGUUAGUAUUGGGAGUGUUUACUACAGUGUGUGUGUGUGUGUGUGUGUGUGUGUCAUUAUGUCACCCCCCUGCUUUUAACCAAAGUUCCUUCUGAGUUAAUAAGGAUUUGAUUGUGUGCGUGCGUAGAUAACAUAGCAGCAGAGCUGGAGGCUAACCUUGGUCAGUUGGAGGAGAUUACAGGGUAUCUGACCGUCCGGCGCUCCUACGCCCUCGUCUCUCUCUCUUUCCUCCGCAAACUACGGGUCAUCAGAGGGGACACACUGAUAGAUGGGUAAGUUGACUUUCCUUCUCGUCCUCUUCCUCCACCUCUUUCUUCUUCCAAGCCCUGCAGUUCUUUCUCUUUCUACUCCUCCUCUUCCUCCUCCUCUCAUAUUCAAAACUAUAUCUGUCAAUAAUACUUAAAAUACCCUUAAAAAUACAUAAAUAUAAUGUGUCUGUCAGGGUUGGGAUCAAUUCCAUUUCAAUUCCAGUCAAUUCAGAAAGUACACUGAAAUUCCAAUUCCAAUUAUCUUCAAUGCUUUUCACUGAGGAAAAUGUGGAAUUGGAAUUUGGUUUGCUUUCUGACUUGACUGGAAUUUAAAUGGAAUUGACCCCAACCCUGGUGUCUGUUUCUUCCCCAGGGGCUACUCGUUCUAUGCCUUAGACAACCAGAACCUGCGUCAGCUCUGGGACUGGAACAAACACAACCUGACCAUCCUCCAGGGGCGCAUGUUCUUUCAACUCAAUAUUAAGCUCUGCAUGUCAGAGAUCCGCAAGAUGGAGGAGGUGACAGGCACCAAAGACAGACAGCACAAGAACGACAUCGUAUCCAAGACCAAUGGAGACCAGGCCUCCUGUAAGGACCAUACAGUCUUGAGUACACACACGCAUGAACGCCAACACACACACACGCACAGACAUAUACACACUUGACAUUUUAAAAACAUUUUUGUCAUUUAGCAGACGUUCUUAUCCAGAGCAACUUACAGGAGCAAUUAGGCUUAAGUGCCUUGCUCAAGGGCACAUCAGCAGAGUUUCACCUAGUCGGCUCGGGGAUUCGAACCAGCAACCUUUUUGAUUUCUGGCCUAAAGUUCUAAACGCUAGGCUACCUGCCGACCCACACACAUGCUUGUGCGCACACGCACGCACGUCUGUGGUGUGUCACAGACUUAGGACAGUGUAAUACUGACCAUAUCCUGUGAUAGUAACCAUGCGUCUUUGUGUAUGUGACUCUCAGGUGAGAACCAGGAGUUAAGGUUCACUCAGGUGCGUGCCACGCAUGAUAAGAUCGUGAUCAGGUGGGAACCGUUCUGGCCUCCUGACUUCAGAGACCUGCUGGGCUUCAUGCUCUUCUACAAGGAAGCGUAAGUAUGUCCAAAGCACUCAAGUUACUUUUGGGAAUGAGCAGUUUCCAGAGAAGUGGGGUUUUAAUUGUACCAGUACACUAUGGGCCACAAUCAGUCUUCCCUAGGAACUUACUGUAUUAGAUCAGUACCAUUUAACGUCUUCCUUUCUGAAGAAGUUCGUGGAACAUUCAAUGUAGUCAAGUCUUCCCAGGAGCCAAGUACAAUUCCUCCUUUCUAAGGACCUUUUUGGAGCAGUAACCAUUCGUGUGUGUGUCUCCUUAUUUCUUAUCUAUGCUAGUCUGCGUCUCUCCCCUCUCCCAGGCCCUACCCCAACGUGACAGAGUUUGACGGCCAGGACGCGUGUGGUUCUAACUGGGUAAUAGUUGACCUGGACCCCCCAGCCCGGGCUACAGAGGGCAACCCACAGGUGGAGCCAGGUAACGUUUCAUUCUCUUCUGUCUUACAACUGUAUUGGAAAGGAUAAAUACCCGUACACUGUCAAAAUCAUGGAGGAAAUCCAAAAUGGAGGCUUGGAUGCAGAAAUAUGAUGUUUGUUAAGACAUGAUGCCCCAAAAUGUGAAUAAAGUGCAUGAAUAAAAGUGGACAAAACAAACGUUUUGGUUGAUUUAAAGGUAGACUCAGCGAUAUGACGUAGAUGCAGAAAGUAAACAGCAUAGUGGGUCAAUUUCCGCAACAACCAAGAGCAUUGAAGUGAGAGGCUCAACUUCUCCGCUGUUUUGGUGCCAUGGCUACCAUGCUGUAACAGCGUGACGUGAACUCUUGCACGUGCGCAGAUACUGUGUGUUACUGUGUGAGAGCAAAGUCUUGCAUCUCACUCAUCUCAAUAUCUGCGGCGCUGCUUGUGGCUACAUCAUUUCGCUGAGUCUACCUUUAAUCCAUCAUGAGUGUCACCUGUUUGUCAAUCUGUCUUAACAACUAUACGGUUAAAUGAUUUUAGCUGCAUAGCCAUUCAUAUUUAUUUGACAACUCUCAGCAUACAGUACAGGUACAUACUAGUCACUGUAGUAGCAAGGAAGGAACAGCCAGUGUUGCGCUCAGUAGUGUCCGUGCUGCAACACAUAACAAUACUAUUGUUCCUUCCAGGUACCCUGAUCUUGUCUCUGAAGCCCUGGACGCAGUACGCCAUCAUGGUCAAGACCCAGCUCUCUGCCUCUGAUGAACACCAGGUCCUCGGAGCCAAGAGCAAGAUCAUCUACGUCAGGACCAACGCCACCAGUAAGAGCCCUUAUUGAGAUAUAGGCUGCGUCUCAAAUUACACCCUAUUUCCUAUGUAGUGCACUACUUCUGACCAUUAUGGGCCCUGGGCGAAGGUAGUGCACUAUAUAAGGAAUAGGGUGCCAUUUGUGACGCAACCAUUACAGUUCUUAAUUCAAUUCUGUGAGUAAGAUUCCUCAUUCUCCCUGAUGAUCUCAAGCCCUCCUUCCCUUCCCCCAACCCCUUAAUCAGACUAACAGGUAAGUGGACUAUCCAAUAUAUCAAUCAGCUAGCAGGUUCUCCAGGGUCGAGGGUGGGAUUCGACUGCCCCUGGUUAGGAUAAGUGGUUUAAGAGCUACAGUAGCUGGUAGAUUGGCUGUUGUCCUCUGCCUCACCUCAGCUGUUAGCUGAGGUGUGUCAAGGCUAAUGGCACGAGAACAAGGAAGAGGAAGGAGAUGAUGAUGAUGAGACAGGAGUGCUACCUGUACCUCCCCAUCUCAUUGUCUCUUUCUCGUGCCAAAUGUCUGUAGUCACUAGUCACUCAAGCUGAGGUCAUGAAUCUUCUGUCACCCUGUGUGUGUGUGUGUGUGUGUGUGUCACCCUGCGUGCAUUUGGAUCUCCCUGUGUGUGUGUGUGUGUGUGUCUCCAGAGGGCAGGCUGUGGUUUAGGGUUGAACACAGACCGGUGUCUAAAUGAGUCUGACUGGCUUCCUUUAUACUUGUUGUGCGUUGUUUCCUUCCUUCCUGAUAAACCACAUUACAGUGCAGCCGCGUGGCAUGCCGCCUCCUCGCACCACACAGGCUGGUGUGAGGCAACAGUUGGCACACAACCAUCAGAGGCAGGGAGGCGGGCAGGCAUGUCAAGGGUGUUCUAGUUGCAGUUGCAACAGUGUUCUACUGUAGUUACAGUUUCACCCUCCUCGUCUCUAGCCUGGUCCCAGAUCUGUUUCUGCUAUAUUGGCAAGUUUGGCUGGCAUCCAGGCUACCUCUGUCUCUCUGUCUGUGUGGCGGUUGGACCGAACCUGGGUUCACAUCCUGUCUUGUGUCAUGACUCUAUCACCCCCACAUACCUCUAGGAGAAGCUGUCGUUAAACAUGAUCUUUGUUCUCUAAAGUUAUAGCGGCUGGCACAGCACUGUCUGCAGGUUGGUUGGAGGGUAGGUGUGCGUUCUCAAGGGUGUUCUAGUUUUUCUAGUUUCAGAGUCUGACAAUGUGGUCUGACCUGUACCCUGUAGGCGUCCUCAUCAGACAUGCAGACACUGUCAGUCACUGUCAUCAUCACUCACAGACCGAAUGUAAUCACACACCGGUACUGACAGUGAUGCCUGGUACUCUCUGUCCUGUCUGCCAGUCACUCACCCUGUUUAUUUUUUACCCCUCCCCCUUCCAAUGCUGAUACCAACACUAUAGUUAUUUAGAAAUAAGCAUAUCGAACACUGUGAACCUUUUGCUCGUUAUCAUAUUGUUAUUUGACUAAAUAAAGGGGUAUUCAUGUCCGGGCAUUGACGUACGCAGGACUUCUAGUGCUCAUUUCUCCCCAGUAGUUAGUUGAUUGGUUAAUUGACCAGAGAGUACGCUCACAGUCCAAAAUUAUUCCAUGGUUAGCAAGGAAGAAUGAAUACAUACCAGCAGUGCUGCAGACCUCAAGGCCCCGAUUUGAAUACCCCUGCUCUAACAGAAUUGUGUACAUCAUAGACCAGGGAUAUUCAAAUCUGGUUCUGGAUCUUUUUCUACCUGGUAGUUAAUUGCACUCACCUGAUGUCCGAAGUUUUAAUCCGUCCCAGAUUAGAGGGCAGGUAUGAAAAUCAGCAGUGGAACUGGAUUUAAGGUCCAGAUUUGAGUUUCUCUGUCAUAGACAUUAGUAACCCCUAUGGUAUGUAUAUGUGUUCUCCCCCAGAACCGUCCGUGCCCCUGGACCCCAUCUCGUCAUCUAACUCGUCCUCUCAGAUCAUCCUGAAGUGGAAGCCCCCCACGGAUCCCAACGGCAACAUCACUCACUACCUGGUGUACUGUCAGCAGCAGCCUGAGGCCAGCGAACUCUACAAGUUUGACUACUGUCAGAAAGGUGUGUUUUAGAGAGACUGUUAAGUUCUAUUGCAUUCUACAAAUGUAACUUCUGUCAGAAAGGUGGUUCAUAGGCAUCAUAUAUACUGAAUAAAAAUAUAAACGCAACAUGCAACAAUUUCAUUAAUUUUACUGAGUUACAGUUCAUAUGAGGAAAUCAGUCAAUUGAAAUAAAUUCAUUAGGCCCUAAUCUAUGGAUUUCACAUGACCGGGAAUACAGAUAUGCAUCUGUUGGUCACAGAUACCAUAAAAAGUAGCCAAUGGGCCUCUGGUUGUGAGGCCGGUUGGACGUACUGCCAAAUUCUUCUCUAAAACAACGUAUGAGGUGGCUUAUGGUAGAGAAAUGAACAUUAAAUUCUCUGGCAACAGCUCUGGUGGACAUUCCUGCAGUCAGCAUGCCCAUUGCAUGCUCCCUCAAAACUUGAGACAUCUGUGGCAUUGUGUUGUGUGACAAAACUGCACAUUUUAGUGGCCUUUUAUUGUCCCCAGCACAAGGUGCACCUGUGUAAUGGUCAUGCUGUUUAAUCAGCUUCUUGAUAUGGCACACCUGUCAGGUGGAUGGAUUAGUUUGGCAAAACAGAAAUGCUCACUAACAGGGAUGUAAACAAAUUUGUGCACAAAAUUUGAGAGAAAUAUGCUUUUUGUGCGUGGGGAACAUUUCUGGGAACUUUUAUUUUAGCUCAUGAAACAUGGGACCAACACUAUAGAUGUUGCAUUUAUAUUUUUGUUCAGCAUAGUUAUGCGAUUAUCAUUAGUUUGACAAGAAUUGAAAGAGUAGACUAGUUUUUAUGACUACAGUGCAUUCGGAAAGUAUUUUCAACCCCUUUACUUUUUCCACAUUUUGUUACUUUACAGCCUUAUUCUAAAAUUGAUUACAUCAUUUUUUCCCCUCAUCAAUCUACACACAAUAACCCCUAAUGACAACGCAAAAACUAAUUUUUAGAAAUAUUACAUUUACAUAAUUAUUCAGACCCUUUACUCAGUACUUUGUUGAAGCACCUUUGGCAGUGAUUACAGCCUUGAAUCUUCUUGGGUAUGAUGCUACAAGUUUGGCACACCUGUAUUUGGGAAGUUUCUCCCAUUCUUCUCUACAGAUCCUCUCAAGUUCUGUCAGGUUGGAUGGGGAGCGUUGCUGCACAGCUAUUUUCAGGUCUCCCCAGAGAUGUUCGAUCGGGUUCAAGUCCGGGCUCUGGCUGGGCCACUCAAGGACAUUGAGACUUGUCCCGAAGCCACUCCUGCGUUGUCUUGGCUGUGUGCUUAGGGUCGUUGUCCUGUUGGAAGGUGAACCUUCGCCCCAGUCUGAGGUCCUGAGAUCUCUGGAGCAGGUUAACAUCAAGGAUCUCUCAGUACUUUGCUCCGUUCAUCUUUCCCUCAAUCCUGACUAGUCACCCAGUCUAUGCUGCUGAAAAACAUCCCUACAGCAAGAUGCUGCCACCACCAUGCUUCACCGUAGGGAUGGCGCCAGGUUUCCUUCAGACGUGAGGCUUGGCAUUCAGGCCAAAGAGUUCAAUCUUGGUUUCAUCACACCAGAGAAUCUUGUUUCUCAUGGUCUGAGAGUCCUUGAGGUGCCUUUUGGCAAACUCCAAGAGGGCUGUCAUGUGCCUUUUACUGAGGAGUAGCUUCCGUCUGGCCACUCUACCGUAAUCGGUGGAGUGCUGCAGAGAUGGUUGUCCUUCUGAAAGGUUCUCCCAUCUCCACAGAGGAACUCUGGAGCUCUGUCAGAGUGACCAUCGGGUUGUUGGUAACCUCCCUGACCAAGGCUCAGUUUGGCCGGGCGGCCAGCUCUAGGAAGAGUCUUGGUGGUUCUAAACUUGUUCCAUUUAAGAAUGAUGGACGCCACUGUGUUCUUGUGGACCUUGGGACCCUUCCUCAGAUCUGUGCCUUGACACAAUCCUGUCUCUGAGCUCUACGGACUAUUCCUUCGACCUCAUGGCUUGGUUUUUGCUCUGACAUGCACUGUCAAAUGUGGGACAGGUGUGUGCCUUUCCAAAUCAUGUCCAAUCAAUUGAAUUUACCACAGGUGGACUCCAAUCAAGUUGUAGAAACAUCUCAAGGACGAUCAAUGUAAACAGGAUGCACCUGAGCUCAAUUUUUAAUUUUAAUACCCUUUUUACCCCUUUUUCUCCCCAAUUUUGUGGUAGUUACAGUCUUGUCCAAUCGCUGCAACGCCCAUACGAACACGGUAGAGACGAAGGCCGUGCGUCCUCUGAAACACAACCCAACCGAGCCGCACUGCUUCUUGACACAAUGCCUGCUUAACCCGGAAGCCAGCCGCACCAAUGUGUCGUGGAGGAAACACUGUACACCUGGCGACCAUGUCAGCGUGCACUGACGCUGGACCAAUUGUGCGCCUCCCCAUGGGUCUCCCGGCUGUGGCCGGCUGUGAUAGAGCCUGGACUCAAACCAGGAUCUCCAGUGGCACAGCUAGCACUGCGAUGCAGUGCCUUAGACCACUGUGCCACUAGGGAGGCCCCCUAUAAACCUAUUUUCGCAUUGUCAUUAUGGGGUAUUGUGUGUAGAUUGAUGAGGAAAAAAUUUAUUUAAUCCGUUUUAGAAUAAGGCUGCAAUGUAACAAAAUUUUGAAAAAGUCAAGGGGUCUGAAUACUUUCCAAAUGCGCUGUAUAUUACUAAUCUACCGCCUUCCAUCAAAGUACCACCCACAGAGAUUGAUUGACAGGUCUGAAACCCUACCCACUCUGUGACUCACAAACAUCCUGCCCCCUCCCCUGACAAUCCCACCCACCAUGAUUGACUGACAGGCCAAACUGUUAAAGGGAUAGUUCACCCAAAUUACAAAAUGACACAUUGGUUUCCUUACCCUAAGUGUCCACAGCAGCAGAGCCAAUAAAAUACACAAUUUGAAGAACAAACAUCAUUGUGGCAAUUAAUAUCAUAAAUAUGACUUUAAUCUCAAGAGAAGACAUUUUAAUGUUAAAGGUUCUUACUUAGAAAAUAGUCAUGAUCAUUUAGAGUAGACCUAGUAGUGAUGCACAGGUCAGCUGUUUGUUCAUCACAUCCACCCGCAAUUGCUAAUAACCCAUCCGCAACCGCCCGACUAUAUGUGAUAAAGUGAAAACCUGAGGCCCACACCUACCCUCAAAAUUAGAAAUGCUCUGUAUGGUCUGAUAUGGUACAGUGCAUUCGGAAAGGAUUUUCAACCCCUUUACUUUUUCCACAUUUUGUUACGUUACAGCCUUAUUCUAAAAUUGAUUACAUCGUUUUUUUCCCUCAUCAAUCUACACACAAUACCCCAUAAUGACAACUCAAAAACAGGUUUUUAGAAAUAUUACAUUUACAUAAUUAUUCAGACCUUUUACUCAGUACUUUGUUGAAGCACCUUUGGCAGUGAUUACAGCCUUGAAUCUUCUUGGGUAUGAUGCUACAAGUUUGGCACACCUGUAUUUGGGAAGUUUCUCCCAUUCUUCUCUACAGAUCCUCUCAAGUUCUGUCAGGUUGGAUGGGGAGCGUUGCUGCACAGCUAUUUUCAGGUCUCCCCAGAGAUGUUCGAUCGGGUUCAAGUCCGGGCUCUGGCUGGGCCACUCAAGGACAUUCAGAGACUUGUCCCGAAGCCACUCCUGCGUUGUCUUGGCUGUGUGCUUAGGGUCGUUGUCCUGUUGGAAGGUGACCCUUCGCCUCAGUCUGAGGUCCUGAGAUCUCUGGAGCAGGUUAACAUCAAGGAUCUCUCAGUACUUUGCUCCGUUAAUCUUUCCCUCAAUCCUGACUAGUCACCCAGUCUAUGCUCCUGAAAAACAUCCCUACAGCAAGAUGCUGCCACCACCAUGCUUCACCGUAGGGAUGGCGCCAGGUUUCCUUCAGACGUGAGGCUUGGCAUUCAGGCCAAAGAGUUCAAUCUUGGUUUCAUCACACCAGAGAAUCUUGUUUCUCAUGGUCUGAGAGUCCUUGAGGUGCCUUUUGGCAAACUCCAAGAGGGCUGUCAUGUGCCUUUUACUGAGGAGUGGCUUCCGUCUGGCCACUCUACCGUAAUCGGUGGAGUGCUGCAGAGAUGGUUGUCCUUCUGAAAGGUUCUCCCAUCUCCACAGAGGAACUCUGGAGCUCUGUCAGAGUGACCAUCGGGUUGUUGGUAACCUCACUGACCAAGGCUCAGUUUGGCCGGGCAGCCAGCUCUAGGAAGAGUCUUGGUGGUUCUAAACUUGUUCCAUUUAAGAAUGAUGGACGCCACUGUGUUCUUGGGGACCUUCAAUGCUGCAGACAUUUUUUGGUACCCUUCCCCAGAUCUGUGCCUUGACACAAUCCUGUCUCUGAGCUCUACGGACAAUUCCUUCGACCUCAUGGCUUGGUUUUUGCUCUGACAUGCUCUGUCAAAUGUGGGACAGGUGUGUGCCUUUCCAAAUCAUGUCCAAUCAAUUGAAUUUACCACAGGUGGACUCCAAUCAAGUUGUAGAAACAUCUCAAGGACGAUCAAUGGAAACAGGAUGCACCUGAGCUCAAUUUUUUAAUUUUAAUACCCUUUUUACCCCUUUUUCUCCCCAAUUUUGUGGUAGUUACAGUCUUGUCCAAUCGCUGCAACGCCCAUACGAACACGGUAGAGGAGAAGGUCGUGCGUCCUCUGAAACACAACCGAGCCGCACUGCUUCUUGACACAAUGCCUGCUUAACCCGGAAGCCAGCCGCACCAAUGUGUCGUGGAGGAAACACUGUACACCUGGCGACCAUGUCAGCGUGCACUGACGCUGGACCAAUUGUGCGCCUCCCCAUGGGUCUCCCAGUUGUGACCGGCUGUGGCCGGCUGUGACAGAGCCUGGACUCAAACCAGGAUCUCCAGUGGCACAGCUAGCACUGCGAUGCAGUGCCUUAGACCACUGUGCCACUAGGGAGGCCCCCUAUAAACCUAUUUUCGCAUUGUCAUUAUGGGGUAUUGUGUGUAGAUUGAUGAGUAAAAAAUGUAUUUAAUCCGUUUUAGAAUAAGGCUGCAAUGUAACAAAAUUUGGAAAAAGUCAAGGGGUCUGAAUACUUUCCAAAUGCGCUGUAUAUUACUAAUCUACCGCCUUCCAUCAAAGUACCACCCACAGAGAUUGAUUGACAGGUCUGAAACCCUACCCACUCUGUGACUCUCAAACAUCCUGCCCCCUCCCCUGACAACCCCAACCACAGUGAUUGAUUGACAGGCCAAACUGUUAAAGGGAUAGUUCACCCAAAUUACAAAAUGACACAUUGGUUUCCUUACCCUAAGUGUCCACAGCAGCAGAGCCAAUAAAAUACACAAUUUGAAGAACAAACAUCAUUGUGGCAAUUCAUAUCAUAAAUAUGACUUUAAACUCUAGAGAAGACAUUUUAAUGUUAAAGGUUCUUACUUAGAAAAUAGUCAUGAUCAUUUAGACCUAGUAGUGAUGCAUGGGUCAGCUGUUUGUUCCCCACAUCUAAUAACCCAUCCGCAACCGCCCGACUAUAUGUGAUAAAGUGAAAACCUGAGGCCCACACCUAACCCGCAAAAUUAGAAAAUGCUCUGUACGGUCGGAUAUGACGGAACGAUUUUGAUAGGCUAUUUGUUGGUCAACUUGUCUAUUAUUAGUUUCUCUUCUGUCAUUACUUGUUGCCCUAGAAGACUAAAUAAACCUUUGCUCACCAGAAUAGUUGACAUCGGUAAAGUUUUUUCUCUUCUCUUCCUCUUUUAUCUAUUCUUCUCUCCUGCAGCAAAGACGUUUAGGGACCGGGUAGACAAUGCAUAACCCCAAAGAAACUGGAAAGAUUUUCCGUGCAAAAUGUUCAAAUUACAUCAGUUUGACCGGUUUUAAGGAAAUUAAAAGCUGUUAAAACAAUACAAUGUGUUUUUUAUAAGAUUUCAUUUAGGCUUGAAUGCAUAUUUUAUGUGGUUGAAAUAGUAUAAACUUUUAUGAUGCUGAUUAAGAUAGCACCACCACCUUAACAGACGGACCCUAACCACGCAUUCAUUCUCUUAAGAUGCUGAAUGAAAUCAAUCAUAUUUCUCCACUCUUGUUCCCGAUUCAAAAUCAUUUUACUGCAAGAAGUGCUCAAUUCCAGUUAAUAUUAUAUUAGGCUAUGUGAGAGGUCAUAGACCUACAGUCAGUGUCCAGAUUUCACUUAGGCUACUAUUCCAUUUAACCCAUCAGGGCCCGGUUUCCCAAAAGCAUCUUAAGGCUAAGUUCAUCAUUAGAACCAUUGAGCUCAUUGAAUAGUAUGGUUCCCUUGAGGUGCCAUUUUGAAGUCCCCGUCUUGUGACUGACAAAUUUGUAUAGCGUCUCUCAUAAUCAUCACACAUAGCCUGCUAUCAUCCUCUACCACUACACCAAAUCUUUCCGAAACAUUAUACUACUGUUCUGGCCCUCCCUUCUAUUUAUGUUUAACUGUCCAUUUCACAGCUUUUCUCUUAUUGAAUUAAACUCCGACAUUGUCCUUUUUGCCUCAAUGGAUCAACGUUACUUUUUCUGCCCGAAUUCCCAAAAGCACUUGGCAAUUGGCAUGUAUUUGUCACGGUACAGUUAGGCCCUGAAGCUUAGGCUUAGGCUACGCACUAACGGCAGAUAAAAAUUAUGAAAUAAAAAACUCCAUGUAGCCUAUACAGUGAGGGGAAAAAAGUAUUUGAUCCCCUGCUGAUUUUGUACGUUUGCCCACUGACAAAGAAAUGAUCAGUCUAUAAUUGUAAUGGUAGGUUUAUUUGAACAGGGAGAGACAGAAUAACAACAAAAAAAUCCAGAAAAAAACGCAUGUAAAAAAUGUUAUAAAUGUAUUUGCAUUUUAAUGAGGGAAAUAAGUAUUUGACCCCUCUGCAAAACAUGACUUAGUACUUGGUGGCAAAACCCUUGUUGGCAAUCACAGAGGUCAGACGUUUCUUGUAGUUGGCCACCAGGUUUGCACACAUCUCAGGAGGGAUUUUGUCCCACUCCUCUUUGCAGAUCUUCUCCAAGUCAUUAAGGUUUCGAGGCUGACGUUUGGCAACUCGAACCUUCUGCUCCCUCCACAGAUUUUCUAUAGGAUUAAGGUCUGGAGACUGGCUAGGCCACUCCAGGACCUUAAUGUGCUUCUUCUUGAGCCACUCCUUUGUUGCCUUGGCCGUGUGUUUUGGGUCAUUGUCAUGCUGGAAUACCCAUCCACGACCCAUUUUCAAUGCCCUGGCUGAGGGAAGGAGGUUCUCACCCAAGAUUUGACGGUACAUGGCCCCGUCCAUCGUCCCUUUGAUGCGGUGAAGUUGUCCUGUCCCCUUAGCAGAAAAACACCCCCAAAGCAUAAUGUUUCCACCUCCAUGUUUGACGGUGGGGAUGGUGUUCUUGGGGAUCAUAGGCAGCAUUCCUCCUCCUCCAAACACGGCGAGUUGAGUUGAUGCCAAAGAGCUCCAAUUUUGGUCUCAUCUGACCACAACACUUUCACCCAGUUCUCCUCUGAAUCAUUCAAAUGUUCAUUGGCAAACUUCAGACGGGCCUGUAUAUGUGCUUUCUUGAGCAGGGGGACCUUGCGGGCGCUGCAGGAUUUCAGUCCUUCACAGCGUAGUGUGUUACCAAUUGUUUUCUUGGUGACUAUGGUCCCAGCUGCCUUGAGAUCAUUGACAAGAUCCUCCCGUGUAGUUCUGGGCUGAUUCCUCACCGUUCUCAUCAUUGCAACUCCACGAGGUGAGAUCUUGCAUGGAGCCCCAGGCUGAGGGAGAUUGACUGUUCUUUUGUGUUUCUCCAUUUGCGAAUAAUCGCACCAACUGUUGUUACCUUCUCACCAAGCUGCUUGGCGAUGGUCUUGUAGCCCAUUCCAUCCUUGUGUAGGUCUACAAUCUUGUCCCUGACAUCCUUGGAGAGCUCUUUGGUUUUGGCCAUGGUGGAGAGUUUUGAAUCUGAUUGAUUGAUUGCUUCUGUGGACAGGUGUAUUUUAUACAGGUAACAAACAGAGAUUAGGAGCCAGAGAUUAGGAGCACUCCCUUUAAGAGUGUGCUCCUAAUCUCAGCUCGUUACCUGUAUAAAAGACACCUGGGAGCCAGAAAUCUUUCUGAUUGAGAGGGGGUCAAAUACUUCCUCAUUAAAAUGCAAAUCAAUUUAUAACAUUUUUGAUAUGCGUUUUUCUGGAUUUUUUUGUUGGUAUUCUGUCUCUCACUGUUCAAAUAAACAUACCAUUAAAAUGAUAGACUGAUCAUUUCUUUGUCAGUGGGCAAACGUACAGAAUCAGCAGGGGAUCAAAUACUUUUUUCCCUCCCUGUAGAUAUGAAUUGACUCAUGACUGCGGGUUAUGAUUCAACCCCGCGCAUCACUAAGGCUUAGACCAGUGCCGUUCAAGCUUUUUCAGCGGGGACCCCAUUAUUUUCACCAGAAUUUCUGAGGACCCCAUUUUUUUUGCCAGAAAUUCCCAAAUCUAAUGACACCGCCUUAAAAUUUGUAAAUUAAGAUUUUCACAUCAACAAAUAACCUUCAAUUAUUUACAUGUUCAUCUUUCCUAUCAAAAUUAAGAGAACCAAUACAUACAUUUACCCAAUAAAAUUUAAAAAUUCAAAUGAUCUUUCUCAAUAACAUUUGUAUAUUGUCACAUUCAAUAAUCUGUACUCUUAAUUUUUUUUGAAUACCACUGGCCUACGAUAUCCAAAACAAUAUCCAAAACAACUAACACCCUGAAUUCAUACAUUUUCAGUCAUUUUAAUUGUUAAGUCACAUCUUUCUACUCAAUAACACAACUCAUUGUUACCAAUCUGGGAGGUAAAGUUGUUAAAGUAUUCGAUCAUUUAGCUGUGUAUUUCGGAAUGGAAUCAAGGCAUUAGAAUGUACCAGAGGCCACCAAAAUAGAGCUUGUUCUGCAACAAAAAAAAUCACAGAGGGGCAAGCCCCUCGGGAUCACCCCAGUCCGGAACAGUGUGUGAGAGACUGUGAAGUUCUGUGAUUCAGGUGGAUGGAAUAGUUAUUUACCUGAUUUGGCCUUCUCCUAAUAAGUGGCAGCCACUCACUCUAUGGCACACACACAUGCUCUACUUUAACUUCUUCUCCUCUACUCCCACUCACUCACCCAAACAUUCAAGAGUCUAGACAACACUAGUCUGUAAAGACAAUUAAUGACAGGCUCCCCCGGCAGUGUGUGUGUAUAUCUGUCUGUUUCUGUGUGCCUGUCUCUCUGCCUUUCUCUGUACCUCUGUCUCUGUGUCUCUGUCCAACUUUGCCUCUGACUCUCCCUGCCUCCCUCCAGGUAUGAAGCUGCCAUCGCGGGUGCCCACCCAAGUGGACAGUGAUGAGGAGGCCAAGUGGAACCAGACUGAGGACGAGGGGCAGGGUGGCCGCUGCUGUGCCUGUCCCAAAACAGACAAACAGUUGAAGAAGGAGGCAGAGGACUCAGAGUACCGCAAGACCUUCGAGAACUACAUCCACAACGAGGUCUUUGAGCCCAAGUACGUAUGACAUCUACCUCAGUCAAUCAGUCAGUCAGUUAAUCAGUCAAUCAAUUAAGGACAAACUUCUCUCUCUAUUUCUCUCCAUCUCUACCGCACCUGCUGUCUCGACCUCUGAAUGCUCGGCUAUGAAAAGCCAACUGACAUCUACUCCUGAGGUGUUGACCUGUUGCACCCUCUAUAACCGCUGUGAUUAUUAUUUGACCCUGCUAGUCAUCUAUGAACGUUGGAACAUCUUGAAGAACGAUCUGGCCUUAAUGGGCAUGUACUCUUAUAAUCUCCACCUGGCACAGCCAGAAGAGCACUGGCCACACUCGGAGCCUGGUUCCUCUCUAGGUUUCUUCCUAGGUUCCUGCCUUUCUAGGGAGUUUUUCCUAGCCACUGUGCUUCUACAUCUGCAUUGCUUUCUCUUUGGGGUUUUAGGCUGGGUUUCUGUAUAAGCACGUUGUGACAACUGCUGAUGUAAAAAGGGCUUUAUAUAAUCCAUUUGAUCAAUCAAUUGAUAUCAAUCAGUCAGUCUUUAUUGUCUAAAUUAGGACAUUUGUUAAUUUGUUAAUUGUGUAAUCAGGGUACAAAAGAACAUGUACACACACAUCAUGUACACACACACAUUCAUUAUGUGUUUUAGGUAAACUGUCAUUCAUAAUUUGAACUGCCAUCCCUUCCUGUCCUGUUGUCAGACAAGCUGAAUCUGCAUACUGUUUCCCCAGCAGCACACAUCACCCAACUCUGACAACACAGGGCUGGGUUGCGUCCCAAUAAUCUCUACUUUCUCCCGAAGUCUUCAUGGAUUUGAAAGGAAAUGACUGACAUGGAAACUCUUUCUAGCCCAUGUCUACACCGGGGGGCAUGCUUUGAAAUGUAUGGGGAGUAGUGAAAGAGUGCACAUUUCAGGAGGAAGGAGAGACUUUUGGGACGCAAGUCUGUUUUUUUCUUCAAGGCUAAUUGAAGCCCCAUUUCGUUUGGUGCCUUAUAAAUACGACCCAGCAAUCUACCCAGUAGCAGUAACCUCAACAUAAUGGUGUGAUAUAUUUAGCAAAUAGCUGUUAUAAUAAUAAAAUAAAUGAUUGAUUUGAUUAAUGAAUUGAUUAUCCCUCAUUCCCUCCCAGACCAAGACAGCGCCGCUCCGCCAUGGGCGUAGCCAAUCAAACGCAGCCGUCAGUCGUGACGACGCCCGCCACCCUGCCCGAAGGUUUCGCCACCCGCGGCCCAGACGACGAAGAUGGUAAUGGUGUGGAGAGCAGUAAGAUCCAGCUGACAGUGUUUUCCAAGGAGUCUACGGUCAUCUCCGGCCUCCGACACUUUACCUCGUACCAGAUUGACGUGCUGGCCUGCAACCACCCCACAGACCCUUCACGCUGCAGUAUGGCAGCC